AGGCGGGGCCGGGCGGGACCCCGGCGAGCAGCAUGAGCGUGGCGGCGGCGUUGAGACGGACGCCGCUCCUCCUCCUCCCCGCGCGGCCGCCGUCCUCGUUCCUCCCGAGCUUCCGCAGGACCCACACCCUCGGCCGGCGCGCGUCCUCCUGGAGCCACGUGGUCGCCUGCAGGAGAGCCAUAGGGGCGUGCGGCAGCGUGUGGCACUCGAGGGCCGGGGGCAUCAGCCUGGCGACGAUGGCUCCCGUGACCCUCGGCGACGGGCCUGCGGGCACCGUGGAGCAGCACAUCAGGGAGAACAAGGUCAUGGUCUUCAGCAAGUCCUACUGCCCGUUUUGCCACAAGGUGAAAGCGCUUUUCAAACAGCUGAACAUCAACUAUGGAGUUCUUGAGCUCGAUCUCAUGGAGAAUGGAACAGAAGUGCAGGAUGCCUUAACAGAGAAGUCGGGGCAGAGAACAGUCCCUAACGUGUACAUCAAUGGAGAGCAUCUCGGCGGGGCAGAUGCGACCAUUGAAGCGCAUAACAAAGGGGAACUAUUGCCCAUGAUUAACAAAGCUCAGCACAACUAUGAUUAUGACUUUAUUGUCAUUGGUGGAGGCUCAGGAGGUUUGGCCGCAUCCAAAGAAGCCGCCAACCUUGGGGCCAAGGUUGCAGUCUGUGAUUUUGUGAAGCCAACCCCCAAAGGCACAACAUGGGGUCUGGGUGGCACCUGUGUGAAUGUUGGUUGCAUUCCCAAGAAGCUCAUGCACCAGGCGGCAAUACUUGGGCAUGGCUUGAAGGACUCCAGGGAGUUCGGCUGGGAGACGCCAGAGGAGGUGGGCCACACCUGGAGCAAGAUGGUGGAGGGCAUUCAGAACCACAUCGGCUCGCUGAACUGGGGUUACCGUGUUGCCCUCAGAGAGAAGAAGGUGGACUACCUCAAUGCUUAUGCCACCUUUGUUGAUGAGCACACCCUCAAGACUGUCGACAGACGUGGCAAGGAAAAAACUUUAACAGCAGAUAAGUUCAUGAUAGCCUCAGGUGGCCGCCCACGCUAUCCAGACAUUCCUGGAGCUAAAGAGUAUUGCAUAACAUCUGAUGAUAUUUUCUCCCUGCCUCAUGCUCCUGGGAAGACUCUCUUGAUUGGUGCAUCGUAUAUUGCCUUGGAAUGUGCGGGCUUCCUGGCAGGUCUGGGAUAUGAUACAACAGUCAUGGUGCGGUCCAUUUUGUUACGUGGUUUUGACCAGCAGAUGGCAGAUAAAAUUGGCGUGUUUAUGGAGAAGAAUGGUGUGAAGUUCAUCCGUGGUGCUGUACCAAAGUCAAUAGAACAGAUUGAGGAAGGAGCACCUGGAAAAUUGAAGGUUGUCGCCGAGCAAGAAGGCGAGGAAAUAACCGAAGAAUACAACACGGUCAUCUUAGCCAUUGGCCGUGACCCUUGCACCAAGGAAAUUGGGCUUGAAAAUACCAGCGUCAGUCUUGCAAAGAGUGGAAAGAUCAUUGUGAAUGAAGAGGAGCAGUCGUCCGUUCCCCACAUAUAUGCUGUGGGAGACGUCAUUGAAGGUGGCCUUGAGCUCACCCCAGUGGCCAUUCAAGCUGGAAAACUUCUUGCCAGGCGUUUAUAUGCGAAUGGCAAAAUGCUGACUGACUAUGGAAAAGUACCUACUACGGUAUUCACCCCACUGGAGUAUGGGUGCUGUGGUCUCUCGGAAGAAGCAGCCAUUGCCAAGUAUGGUGAAGAUGAUAUCGAGGUUUACCAUACCAAUUACCAGCCCUUGGAGUUCACUGUGGCUCACCGGCCAGAGAAUGAUUGCUAUGCAAAACUGGUUUGCGUUAAGAGCCAAGAUGAGAAAGUUAUUGGGUUCCAUGUGUUGGGUCCCAAUGCAGGGGAGAUCACACAGGGCUUCAGCAUUGGUCUGAAGCUGAAUGCAAAGAAGCUGACUUUUGAUAACCUUAUUGGUAUCCAUCCUACAGAUGCAGAGAACUUCACUACAAUGUCCGUAACCAAAAGUUCUGGCAAGGAUGUGAGUGCUCAGGGUUGCUGAGGUUAGAUAAAGCUGCUCUUUAGCUAACUUGACUGGAGAUAUAUAUUGAAACACCACAGAGUAGAAUUGGCCAUCUUUUUAUUGAUACUUCUUUAGAUGUAACUUUUGCUAUUGAGUUUAGACGUUACAGUGCCUGCAUACCUAAGAGUACUUGUGUCACAGUAUUGAUUUGCAGUGUACUAAGUUUCAGGUUAUUAUGAUUCUCUAUAUUUUUAAGUGUUGGGGGUUUAGAAGUGCACUCUGUGAUAAUGGUGAGAUUAUCUCCAGUCUUGAACUUUAGAGCAGCAAACUUCAGCUUCAGGAGGUGAAAGAAUCAUCAAUUUUUUUAGCUGGCUGAGCAGUGGGGCCUUGGCUCUCCACAGACAAGGCACGGACUCCUCAGCUGUUGAGAAAUUGAAGUUAUUAUGAAGGUGGUAUCCCAAAACCCUAAUAAGGGAGGGAACUGCUGGAAGCUCUUCAUCAUCUCUAAAGCUAUUUUGGCCUUAUUAUUCCAGUGUAUGAAUUGUUAUUUAUUGUCGUCUACUGUUGUAAUCUUUUACUUUGCAUUUAGGGAAUAUAUGGUUGUUAGACUUCCAAGUAAAUUACUGACCCCAUUUAAAGUAAAGUCCUGUAAGUUAAA